UUUUUUAGGUCACCAAGAUGCAGGCGAUCACUUUAUCCACGGUAUUUGUUUUAAUACUCAGCCAGUUUCAGUCUACUUCUAGUGCUGAAUACAUAAAGAAGUAUCUGGUUUWCGGAGGCAAUGGAUUYAUUGGUUCAGAACUAGUAACUCUGCUACGUUUACGCAAGUCCGAUGUAACCAUAGUGAACCGUGGCAACUGGUACUGGGAUUCUGAGAUUCGUAUCAAGCCCUUCGUGAAACACGUUAAGUGUGACAGAUACACGAUCAAAUCGUGCAGUGAAUUGAUUGAAGUUAUAGAGGAUAAAGUAUACUUUGACGCCGCUUAUGACUUUAGUUUUUAUAUUCCAGAGCACCUCCAGGACGUCUUAGAAUUACUACGCACUCAUGUUGGUCGUUAUGUGUAUAUCAGCUCAGAUUCAGUCUACGAAGUCUGUAAACCAUCAAGCCAUGGAGGCCCUAGCAAGGAAUCAGAUGCAAUACGCCUCGAAAACUACGAACAACUGAAAGAGAAAGCAGGAUAUGAUCACUAUGGUGACUCAACGUUAGCAUGUGAAGAAGUGCUUCGGAAAGAGCACAACGAGCACCGAUUGAGCUACAUAUCCCUGAGGAUACCUGACGUCAUAGGACCACGUGACAACACCGAUCGGUUCUGGAUUUACUUUCUGUGGGUAAAGUUCCAGGAUGUAAUCGACCGACCAAUCUUUUACCCCCCAAAGUUACAUAACCAGCAACUCAGUUUCGUGAUGUCAGAGAGUUUGGCGAUGUUGUUGCUUAGCCUGAAAGACCUUCAACUGGACGUYUUUAAUCAAGCGUACAACUUGGCUUUCAAGGAGACUGCAACGCUGAAAGAGUUUAUUACUCUACUGGGGGAGUAUGUGGGAGUUCCAAACGUCAAGUUUGAUGAAACUACAGUAGACAAARCUUUUACUUACUACCCAUCGGUUAAACGUGGACCUCUCAAUAUCACCAAGGCUGAAAAAUUGCUAAAGUGGAAAACAUACUCUCUUAGUAAAGGAGUGAAGAGGACAGCUGAGUUUUACGAUUAUGCGAUGAGGGCAGGUGAAUUUAAGAAGCAAAGAGAUGGAACUAUUCAAGCGUUCAUUCCUGAAGACAAGCUGGAGUUGUUCAAAAAGAGGUAUAAAGAGAUUUAUGGAAUGGAACUUGAGAUUAAAACAUUUCCGCACAGCGAGCUGUGACGAUCAUACCAUUUGGUAUUUUUGAAUUGUUCCAGAUGUAUGUUACGUUAGAUUAACAAUAAAAUGUCGCUGUGAUCCUUUCA